GAAGCGCUUGCGAACCAGCUUGCCCUCUCACCACACGGGACAGACGACCUUUGUGAAUAGCCUUGAUGUAGCUACCAUUUGGCUAUACGCAGCAUCCGAGAAGGACGCAAUCACUGGGAAACCGGUUGUCCUCGCAGCUCGGUCCCUCCGUCGAGUGGCUUGGGACUUGUAGCUACUUCGGAGGUCCAGACAGUAUGGUCAGCGAGAGUACUGCAUCCGGACAUGUGUUGUAUCUGGGAAAUGCACUUACAACAUGCUCAACUGCAUAUAAGAUAAGUUGUCCACGCACCUUGUGUCACUGAUCAACAACAACUCAAUACACUUCAUACUCUCGCUUUCCAUCUGCAAUCUCUCGUUCGUCACGUCUUGACCAAGAGCAAAUCAAUAUGAUCUCAAAUCUUGCUUCUUUGCUGCUGGUCAGCAGUCUCGGCUUGGUAGAUGCCUUCUCGAUGCCAGAGGCAGCCUCAUCAUUCACCUCUCUACUCGCAUCUUCUCUCAACAACGCUAUACCUAACACGCUAGCGGCUCGUAAAGCUGGAUCGAGCGGAUCAGGUGGAGGUGGAUCAGGUGGCUGCCCAGCUAUCUGGACAACUAUCUCUUCUGACCUCACUGCAUCUUUCCUUGGAUCGGAUGGCCAAUGUACCGACCUUGCUAGAGCCGCAAUCCGAUUUGCAUUCCAUGAUGCUGGACCAUACUCAUCAAAGACGACUUUCUAUGCUCCUGCCGCUGGCGGCGCAGAUGGUUCUCUGCUAUUGAACCCUGAUGAGAUUAACAGACCUGAAAACGGCGGUCUCGGCGACUACUACAAUUGGUUGACGAACAAGUACAAUACGUACAACCAACAAGCCAAAGUUGGUGCUGCGGACCUGAUCCAAUUUGCCGGCUCACACGCUGUUAUCACAUGUCCCGGUGGACCGAAGAUCAAGACUGUCGUUGGCAGAACGGACAGUUCGACCAUCGCACCUGACGGCUUCCUUCCUGCCGGAUUUGGUCCCAACUCGUCCCAUGACGUCCUAUUCCAACUCUUCCUCGACAAAGGCUUCAGCGCCAGAGAUCUUGCAGCUUUGAUCGGUGCACACUCCACUAGCAAAGCCUUCACUCAACAAGCCAAUGGUAUCCCUGUAGGCGGUCCACAGGACAGUACUCCUGGAAAGUGGGACAUCGACUUCUACGCUCAGACCCUCAAGCAGCAGACUGGUGUCUACCGCUUCCAAGCCGAUAUCAACCUGUCCAAUGCUUCAACCACCGUAGGAAAGGAGUUCAAGGGUUUCGUCGGAAACCAAGGCAAAUGGACCAGCUCAUUCGCCGAUGCCAUGCAACGCUUGAGUGUUUUGGGUAUUCCUUCUUCGGCUCAAAACAGCUUCAUUGAUUGCACCAACGCAUUACCCAAGGGUACAUCGUCCAAGAGGGACAUUCGUGCUGCUCCUAUCAACAAUCGUGCACGAUAGCGAGUUCGAUCGUCUGCAUUGGAGGAGUUGGCGGUUAGCUUUUGUCUGUUUAUUACUUCUUGAAAAUUCGGUAUUUUGCAAUUCAACGCAACUGCUAUUGCGAGAAUUCCACUGUCACCUAACGUCCACUGAAUGUAUG